UUUUUAAAAUUGGAGACGUCGACACUCAACAGUCAACAUAAAAAAAAAGUUGUUUUUAAUGUUUCGCUAAAUUUACAUGUUUUUUUAAGAUAAGCCGAUUGUGAACAAUUUUAACAAUUAACUACUUAACAAUAUUUCUUGGAAUCUUUUAUUGCUAAUGCAUUUAUUUUUUGUAAUUUAUCAUGUCUAUGAGAAUGAGGAUUAUACAGCUAAAACGCAAUAAAUUUGCCAGAGUCGCUAUUGGGUCUGUGAUUAUAAUAAUACUAUUGUUUGCAUUAUUUAAACGUUCUACAAAAAUACAAUAUCCUACACAGCCGUCAUAUGCAAAACAAUUCAAACAUUCACUUAUACCACCAUUUUAUCGUGAUGGAGUACCUGGUAAUUUUGAAUCUUCAAUUCCUAACCAUGGAUCAGGUCCAGGCGAGGGAGGUAUACCGUACCGAGUACCCAGUAGUAGAGAAAAUGAAGCAUUGCUAGGAAUAUCUGAGUAUGGGAUGAAUAUGGCAUGUUCUGAUGAUAUUUCUCUCAAUCGAACCAUCCCAGAUUUGCGCAUGGAAGAGUGUAGAUUUUGGAAUUAUCCUGAGGAAUUACCACGAACUAGUGUAAUAAUUGUGUUUCAUAAUGAAGGUUGGUCAUCUUUGUUGAGAACUGUUCACAGUGUUCUAAAUAGAACGCCUCCUCAAUUUUUAGAAGAAAUCCUUUUAGUUGACGAUUUUAGUGAUAAAGAAAACUUAAAGAACAAAUUAGAAUAUUAUAUUGAAAAAUUUAAUGGUAAAGUUAGACUGAUUAGAAAUUCUGAACGUGAAGGACUAAUUAGGACACGAUCAAAAGGCGCUUUAAAUGCUCGAGGUGAAAUAAUUUUAUUUUUGGAUGCUCAUUGCGAAGUUGGAUACAAUUGGCUUCCUCCUUUAGUUUCACCUAUUGCUUUAGAUAGAAAAAUUAUGACAGUACCUGUAAUUGAUGGAAUUGAUCAUAACACUUGGGAAUACCGCCCCGUUUACGAAAAAGAUCAUUUCUUUCGUGGUAUAUUUGAAUGGGGUAUGCUGUAUAAAGAAAUUGAAUUACCAGAACAAGAGGAUCAAAAAAGGACUUAUAAAAGUGAACCUUACAAAUCUCCAACUCAUGCUGGCGGGUUAUUUGCAAUAAAUCGAGAUUAUUUUCUUGAACUUGGAGCAUAUGAUCCAGGCUUACUAGUUUGGGGAGGAGAAAAUUUUGAGUUAUCAUUUAAGAUUUGGCAGUGUGGGGGAAGUAUUGAAUGGGUUCCUUGUUCACGGGUUGGACAUGUUUAUCGAGGUUUCAUGCCAUAUAAUUUUGGAAAACUUGGUAGUAAAGUCAAAGGACCUCUGAUUACUUAUAAUUAUAAACGAGUAAUAGAAACAUGGUUUGAUUCAAAGCAUAAAGAAUUUUUCUAUACUCGAGAACCACUAGCACGUUACCUAGAUAUGGGAGAUAUUAGUGCUCAAUUAGAAUUAAAAGAUAGAUUACAAUGCAAAGAUUUCUCUUGGUUCAUGGAAAAUGUUGCUUAUGAUGUUUAUACUAAAUUUCCAGAAUUACCUCCCAAUAUACAUUGGGGAGAAGUUCACAACGUUGGGAAAAAAAAAUGUUUGGACACUAGAGGUAGACAACCUCCUUCAUUAAUUGGCUUAGAAUUAUGUCAUGGACAAGGAAAUAAUCAACUUUUUAGAUUAAAUGCUAAAGGCCAACUUGGUGUUGGCGAACGUUGUGUUAAUGCUGAUCGACAAGGUGUCAAAUUAAUUGUGUGUUCUCUAGGAACUGUUGAUGGACCUUGGCAAUAUGAAUCUUCUAACAAAUUAUUACAUCAUACACGAACAAAAAAAUGUCUUUCCGUUCACCCGUCAUCACCUCAAGUGAUGUUAACUCCAUGUGAUACAAAUAAUGCCAAUCAACAAUGGGUAUUCAAACCAAUUAUUCCUAAUUGGUAAUAUGUAUAUAAGAGUGUCUGAUCACUUCAUUGCUCUCUAUUAUUGUAAGAAAUUAAACAGUAUUGAUGCAAGUGAACAAAUUUUUUAGUUUUAUAAAAAAAAAUUAUAUUUUUGUUAUUUUAUAAAGCAGAGUAUAUAAGUAAUUAAUAAUUACCAUUUUGUAAACAUUUAUUAUCAAACAUAACAUAUGUGUUCUA